AGCAAGUGCUCCUCCACAUACGGAGACCAGAGGACUGAACCCCAGAGGAAUUCGUCAGGGGAUUUCUUUCAGAUUUCCUUACUCAUCUCGCGACGCGGCGCCUUACUCAUCGCGUCAAUCGAUUGCCAUCUUCAGCGCAUGUCAAUAAGCCAUCCAUAGCUGCCCUCCGGACAAUUUGCUCAGCCGCUCUCUCGAACUUUCUCCUCAACCAUGAGCUCCUCGAAUCUGGAGAUUGAAAAAUGUCUGGUGUCUGGUCGGUGGGACGACUCUAUACCUCGAGACGACCCCUUUUCUGCCAUAGCAAACGCUGUGGUGGAAGGUCGAUUCAAAGACGUUUUCUCGGCUUCGAUUAUCGGCGACCUCAUCAACGCCACGCCUCCGUCUAACUCCAGCCUGGAUGCUCUCCUGAAACCAAGUUCUUCCGCCCCCACAGCCUCGUCCACUGUCGACAAAUCAGAUCUUCUGCGGCUCUGUCUGGGUGCGGCCUCUCUGCACGCUUUUGUACAGGCCAAUUGGACAGGUCCUGACCUUGACUUUGCUCCUGGGGAUUUAUGUUCGAUCCCUCCUGACGAACUCAAUCGCCGCGCCCUGCAAGAGCUAGCCUAUGGCGGCGAGCCUGCAUAUCACCUAGCCGCGCACCCCUUCCUCCUGCGUCUCGCACAACUAUCCUUCUCCUCUGUCUCCAACGCCCUCCCCACGCGCGCCUGGUGGCGCCUGCGUACGACCCUCAUUCACGCCCAACUACUGGAUGAGCCUGCCCCGCCCUCCGAAGACCUCAACCCCGCGCUUGAGAAGCUUGCAGGCGUAUUAAAAGACUCGCCCGAGCUACUUGGAUGGCUGCGCGUGGAGGAGGGUCAGCUGCAACAGGCACUUGGUCAGGAGAAGGCCGCGCGGGAAUGCUUCGAGCGCGCAGCCGAGGCGACAGGUCUUGUGUACGAGCUGUCCGGCGCCCUCGGCAAGCGCACGAAGUUCCAGCAAAACGAGGUCAGCCAGCUGGUGCUUCUCGCGGAGAGCAAGUUGAAGGUGGAGGAUGGGAAGGAGGGUGAGGAGAUGGCGCUCGCGAAAAACGAGACCAAGAAGGAUCUACCGGAUAAUCUGGCGCUGAACGACGAUACGCUGCUGGAACAGACGGAGUAUUCGUCGUCGAGGGCGGAUCCGCGCACGGGGUCGAAGCUCGCGCACCUGUCGCCAGAGUCCCAGCCGGCAUUGCAUCCUGUCGACCAGUGUAUCGUCCUCGGGUUGUGUGUCGCGCACCUCAAAGCCGCACCAUCGCACUCGCUCGCUCCUUUCGCCAACUCCGCUGGUGUCGAGCCUCCCAGCGGUUCGUCCAUCACCAUCGAGGAGGCAAAACCGUACGUCGCGCGCGUCAUUACCCAUCCUCGCAACUGGAGCGUGCAUACGGCGGCGCUGCUGCUACGCUCGCGACUGGAGGCAUCUCGUACGCGUACGGUCGAGCGCGCGACACUGCAGCUGCAGGCCCUCAUCGACCAGAUGCAUGCGGAGGACGCGAUCAAGGACGCCUCGAACGCAGUUCGCUUGCGAUACGCGUACGCGCUUCCUCUUCCCAGUCGGUGGGCGCUCGAGCGUGAGGUCGGCUUGCGCUACCUCUCGCUUGGUGUCGUCCGGUCUGCGCUGGAGAUCUUCGAGCGGCUGGAACUCUGGGAAGAGGUUGUCCAAUGCCACGUCUCCCUCGAAAAGCACUCCGUCGCAACAGCCAUCGUCCGCGACCUACUUGAUGGGCGCAAAGGCGACAGCGGCGAGAUCGACGCCGCCCGCAGGGCAAAGCUCUACUGCAUCCUCGGUGACCUCGCAGUAGCGACUCAACCAGCAGACGUUCCUGCUGCUCGCGCCGCCUACGAGCAGGCUCUCCAUCUCGUCGGCGACCGCUCCUCUCGCGCCCUGCGUAGCUUGGGCUACCUUGCGUUCCAACUCGCGGCUCGGGAGAACGAGGAGAGUGCGGCAUUGGCGGGCUUCCGCGAGGCGACGGCCCACCUGCGCGGCGCGGUCGCAAUUAACCCGCUCGUGGGCAAGGCCUGGUUCAUCCUCGGCUGCGCCUACCUGCGCAUCGAGGACUGGCUCGGUGCACGCGAGGCGUUUAGCGCAUGCGUCCGCAUAGAUGAUACGGACCCAGAAAGUUGGGCCAAUCUCGCGGCGGUGUACCUGCGUUUGCGGGAGCUUCCGCCACCCGCCGAAGACGAGGGAGAAGCGCGCAAGCCACUCCCUUCAUAUCCGCUCCUCGCCUUCCAAGCGCUCAAGCAGGCGCUUCGUAAUGCUCAUUCGAACUGGAAGAUAUGGGCCAACUACAUGGUGGUCUCCGUCGAGGUCGGCGAGCUCUCAGAGGCCGCACGCGCCCUCGCCCGCGUCGCAGACGAGACCUCCGGCCAGGAGAUCGACCCUGACGUCCUCGACAGGCUCGUCGGCGCCGCCGUCAAAGAAGUAGAGACAGGAAAGGAGAAAGAGGCGGAGGGCCAGGGCCAAGAAGACGAGCACGCAACGGGCGAUAAAUCGCGCGUCUCUGUCCUCACGCGCACCGUGCGCAGCCUGUUCGACAACAGCCUUCUCCCGCGGCUGGGCGGGUGCUCGCUCUCCACCGCCGCGCGCGUCCAUAGGGCGCACGCGCGCUUCUGCGCAGCGGAGGCGCGGUGGCUGGAGGCGGCGGAGGCAGAUGGGACGGCGACAAGCUCAGAUGGCUCCACCGCGACGCCUACGUCCGCCGAAAAAUGGGCUGAUGCCCGCGCGGCGUGGCUGGAAGCGUUCCGCUGCGUGCGAGACAAUCCCGAUGUCUCCUUCGCAGAGCGAGUGGCUGCGCUGGAAGAGAUCGUGGACGUGCUGAGGAACGUCGGCGGUGACAAGUGGAAACUACAGGCUCGCAGUCUGGUGCGCGCCUUCAUUGGACGGGAGCGCGACGAGCACGAGGGCGAGGAGGGAUGGGAACGCGUCGAAGCAUUGGCCGAAGAGCUCAAAGGGGGCGCUCGAGUGGAGGAGUAGGCGGUUAUGCGGCUGGCAGCUGGCGAAGUCGAUAGGACCUUAGCCAGGAAAUAAAAUAGAUCUGUACCAUCAGUGUACUUCGCCCGCCUUCGGGAAAUUCCAGUGCUCAUCCUGGAUUAUCUGC